AUGGCUGCUACAAUGACUCAAAUUGAAUGCAACACAAAUGGCGCCCCAUCACCACCGCCUCUACUGAAGCUGGGCUUACCGCAGCGGUCUUUAAAAUCUCCCCCCGAGGAAGCCCUGCAACAGCUUUGCGAUAAUGUCGAAAGACUAAACGCCUACUUCGCAUCGAGCACGACAACCACAGAUCCAAAUUCUUUCUGCUCAACUCCGAUCGGAAGUGAAACACCGGCGGAGGAGGAGGAGCGUCUGGGUCUCGCCGUAAAAAGCGUCGGUAUACACUGCGGAAACACAGAGGACCAAGACCACCAUACAGAGCGAACGAAAGAAGAAUUUUUCCAAAUGGCCAUCCUUUCACGCAAAUUUCUCUCCAAAAAGAUCCCUCCCAUUUCACUGCAAGACUACUUACUCCGACUACACCGCUACUGCCCGAUGUCCACGGCCGUAUUUCUCGCCACCAGCGUCUACAUUACACGAAUGACACUAGUGGAGAAGAUGUUCCGCGUCACGCCGAAGAACAUGCACCGACUGGUAUUGGCGGGUCUUCUCGUUGCUAUCAAGGCCUUGGAAGAUCUGGGAUUUCCGCAUACGCGGAUUGCGAAAGUUGGCGGUGUUGGCGAUGUGGAGUUGUCGAAGUUGGAGAUGAGCUUUUGUUUUCUUGCGGACUUUGAUCUAAGGGUUGAUGCGCGGAUGUUGAUGAAUGAGAUGAAUGAGAUGAAUCAUAUGAAUCUAGAGGAAGGACUGGCGCCAGAGUCGCCUGGCCCCGAAUAA